GGGAACUCCUUCUCCACCGCCCGCCAGUCCCGCGGGCGCCCCGUCGCACCUGUGCGGCGAUGGUCUGCCUGUCGCGGUCACCCGUGGAAGUCGGGAUUGGCAUCCCCUGGCCAGAUCCGCAGCUCCGGGCGCCAGAGGGCUGUGCUGUCUUCGGGCUUCCCUAGACCCACUUUACAGAAGGGGAAACUGAAGUCUGCGAGCGCGGAAUGGCUGCCACGGUUGACCUGACGCUCAGAGGCACCGAGGUCUCCGGAAGGAGGGAAGCUGGCUUUUACUUUGAAGUGUGCACCUGCGCUCGACUGCAGCCGCCCCCGCAAGGCACCCUCCAAAUCCUCCGUGGCGAUGGCACUUCUGUGGGGACUGUGCUUGUGUUCCACUGCCCCUCCGGCCAUCAGAUGAUGGGGUCUGGCCUGCUUACCUGUGCCUGGAGGGGAAUCAUUGCCAGCUGGUCUUCAGGAACCCCUGUGUGCAAGGCCGUGCCACCCCACGAGACCUUCGGCUUCAAGGUGGCGGUGAUCGCCUCCAUUGUGAGCUGUGCUGUCAUCCUGCUUAUGUCCACGGCCUUCCUCACCUGCUGCCUCCUCAAGUGUGUGAAGAGGAGCGAGCAGCGGCGCUCCAGCAGGACAGCCCAGAUGUGGUACCAGCUGAGAGGUGAGGACCUGGAGACAGUGCAGGCCUCGUAUCUGGGCCUCAAGGGCCAGAACUACAACAACAGCAGCAGUGGCGGGGGAGGUGGUGGCAAGCAUGGAGGCCGGCACAGCCAGGCGCAUGACAACCACAGCUUCACCGUAGACAUCAGUGAAGGCAUCCGAGAGCUGGCCAGCGUGACCCCUGGCAUGGACAAAGAACCCUGGACUCCAGGGCCCAGUGCCCUGAGUCCCAGUGCCCCUUCCAGUUCCCCACAUGCCCACGUGGUUGUCCACACAGUGAACCCAGAGAAGAUCCUGCCUACCUCCGUGCCCUCCACAGGGAUGACCACUCAGCCUGUGUCGAACCUGCCAGGGUGACCCUGCCUGCCAGCCACCUGCGACCCACCUGUGUCUACCCUGGAACUGGCCUGUGAAAUCAGCCUCUGGGUGUAGGGAGCCCGAGGUGCCCUGCAGGGAUCGCUGUACCAGAAGGAGCCGGGCUGCAGGAACUCACAACAGUGACUCACUUGAGCUGGCUGCAAGGUGAAGAGCCCCGGCAGCUCCUUCCUCCAAAGAGGCUGGGAGACUUUUCAGCAGGUCUAGUUUUGCACAGUAGAAUAAGAAAACAGCAAUAAACUUCCCUUCAGCAACUUCAGCUGCCCCUCAGUAUCCCCUCAGGGUGCUCUUUUGAAGCAGGGACCUGCCAGGGCUCUAUGUCUGGCAGCUGUGAAGUGCAGGGAGGGAAACAGCAGUUCCUUCUCUUACUGAAAGAUAUAAAGGUAAAAAAAAAAAAAUCACCGCCUUGGCCAUCCCUUCCUACACAGCCGCAAACAUAGCAGCCCUAAAUGCUAAUGGUAUGUAAUCACCUCUCUAUGCUGCGGGCUUUUCCGGCAUCUUGCUGGGUGGUCCCCACCUCAUCUCUUCUGUAGCAGGUGCAGUCUGCUGGUGGCUGCCGUGGUGUCACAUUGAAGGCUGGUUCCCUUGAGAGCUGGGGCUGCUGCUGGCAGUCAGCAGAGGCUUCAGGGAGUCUUGGCGGGAACAUUUGCCCUUCUGCCCUUGCCCUGGGGCUGCCUCAUGUGGCCCAGGCUUCCUUCCAACAUGGCACCUGCUUUCUAAAGUGACAGCCUGAUAUGAGCACCUGGUAAAGGCUCUUUCAGUUUUCAGCUCCCAGCCUUGCAAGUGACUCUGUCACUUCUGUGUCCUACUCAUUAGGAGUCCAGGUGGACCCAUGAUCCAAGGGGUGGGGCUACAGACCCCCUGCUGUGAGGUCCGUAGUGAGGUCCACUGAGGAGGAAUACCAAAGAAGUAGCAAGCACCUGUAGUCUCAGCUUCUCAGGAGUUCCAGAUGGGAUAAUCGAUGGAGUUCACACAUUUGAAACCAGCCAGGGCAACAAGGUAAGAGGUUGUCUCCAAAGAACAAAAAGAAUCAUAGGGCUGGAGUGUAUCUCAGUGGUGUAGCCAUUACUAUCAUUGUAAGGCCCUAGAUUCCAUAGCUGGUAUCUAAACAACAACAAAAACCUAACUAAAACUAUUACAAUCACCUCUA